AUGUAUGCCAUCUUAUAUAUUACAAGAAAGAGAAGGUUUGAACAUCCAGAUGAGUCCAGCAAGUUGCAACCACCAGCUAAACGACAACGUAGCUCCCAACCAAGACCAUACUUGGAAGCAAUCGUGCUGUCUGAUGUAAAAAACAUAAUGAAAUUUGUCCAUGCCAGACUACACGAGAAAGACAAGCUCAGUGCUUUCCUAAAGAAAAAAAUUAGUGAUUUGGAGACAGACAAGAGGGAGCUGGUUGGUGUCUUUGGUAAAACUGGGGCUGGAAAGAGUUCUCUGAUAAAUGCCAUCAUUGAAGAGAAGAACCUUUUGCCUUCUGGAAGUGUCAGUGCAUGCACCUCAGUCAUGAUCAAAGUGGAGGCCAACAUGCAAGGCUCUAACUAUGAGGCAGACAUUGAGUUCAUCACACCAGAGGAGUGGAAAGAUGAGUUGUGGUCAUCUCAUCAAUUUCUUGGGGAUAAUGAAGACUGUGAAAUGGAUGUUGAUAAUGACUAUCAUGACAUCAGUGAAAAGUUUUCAGCGCUCUAUGGAGAAGAAUGGAAAGGAAAGUCUUUUGAAGAUCUUAUGGAUGGAAAAUAUUUCAGAGAAAUUCCAGAAUUUCCCCAAAGCAGGAGGAAGAUUUUGACAUGUGAAUCAGCUGAUGAACUCUCUGCAGAAUGUGUCAAAUACACAAGAAGUGAUUCAAAACAAGAGGAAGGUAAUGAAGGAAAAAAGUGGUUUUGGCCACUGGUGAAGUGUGUGACUGUCAGGGUGCCAAACAAUCUUUUUCUCCAGCAUGUCACACUUGUGGACCUUCCUGGAAAUGGCGACCGUAACAAAAGCAGAGAUCAGAUGUGGAAAGGGAUAGUUGGAGAUUGUUCUACUGUGUGGAUUGUGACUGAAAUUAAUCGAGCAGCAUCAGAGAAAGAGGCCUGGGAGAUCCUGGAAAGUGUCAGUAGUCUGAUUGGAAAUGGUGGCGAAUGUCAGCAAAUUCAUUUUAUUUGCACCAAGUCUGAUCUUCUUGAUGACUCAGAUGAUCUAAAUGUGCAAACCAAGGAUGCAAUAAAGAAAGAAUUCAACAAGCAAAGCAAGAUUAAGAAAUACUUCACUGAUGACACUUUCAAAGUGUUCACAGUGAGCUCCAAAAAGUUCCUCAAAGAAAACUACUUAAGUCCAGAAGAUACUGAAAUAACCAAACUUCAGAGAUUUUUGCAAGAUCUCAAUGACUGUCACUCAGAGACAGUAAACUAUGUGACGGGAGCUCAUGGGAUUCUGUCUUUGAUUCAAGGAGCCAACUCGAGAGGAGUGGAUAGUAAAAAAGGCAAGGUGUGUGAAGAACUUGAGAUAAACAUGAGCCUCCAACUUGAUAAUGUCAGAAAAGAAAUGGAAGACACCUAUACGGCUUUUAAAAAAUGUCUUGAUGAUGGUGUUGAGAAAUCCAAAUGUUCAUAUGGAGAAAAACUCAAGAACACCUUGUAUGAUGGAAAGAAUGGUGGUGCUUUUUACAAUUUACUGAAGUGUGUCAUUGAGAAUGGCGGCAUCUACAAACCAAAAAAAGGGAAACCAAUUAACCUUAAUAUGAAGUUGGCUUCAUGUCUGAUUGACAGCAUUGGUGCAGAAUUCAGAAAGACCUUCCCAAACGAAGUAACUUGUGGAGCAUUCAAUGGAGUCAUCAAGACAUUUUCACUUGACAUUGAUUCUCUGAUUGAAAAGUACCAAAAUGCUGAACUGCAACUCAGAUUUCUCAAGACAGAGGAAGAAAAUAUUAAGGCAAGACUGAGCAGAAUCAUCCAGAAACAGAAGAAAAAUGUCUACAGCAGUCUGACAGAGACAAUUGAGAACAUUAUGGAAGAAGGCUAUUGCGAGGCUUUAGCAUUUACAGGAGAAGACACACUGUACAACAUGAGGAAGACUAUUGAGAACCAUGUGCACUCAAAGAAGGACAUGUUUGAGCAGGCAAAAAACACCAUGUUGGAGAAGUUGCACGAUUUGAUGGUAUACGUCUCGGAGACUCUGGAGAAAACUAUGAAGGAAUCUAUUGGACUUUCAUUCAAAGCUGAAGAGUGCUUACUCCCAGAUGUUUCAACAGAGCUUGAGAUGGUGAAGAAAUAUCAUGAUCAACUUGUAGGCACUCCAACUGAAUCCAACUGUUAUCAACUGAAUUAA